UUAGUAUUAUUGAGCCUAUUGAGUCAUUCGAGAUCGAGUUUUCUGCAUGUUUGGCUCCUACCACUGUGUCAUUCUUUUUGUUACGACAUGAAUCACACUUUCAUUUCGCACACUGGUAGGGGGUUCGUUAAGUAAAGCUUUUAUCUUUUAAUUUAAAAUUACGCUGUUGAGUCUGCGGUCACCGUACUUUGAGCAACUCUUUUUCCCUCCUUUUCAAGGCUGACUGCCACUGUUGUAUGUUCGCUCAUUUUAAAGAGGUGAUUUCAGACUUUUAUUUAUUGAAACUUGGUCACAAACGGAAAAUACCUCGGUUCUUCUCACAUGCCAUCACUUUCUAAGACAACCCUUCCUUUAAUCUGAUUUUCAUAAUUAAAUUGAGGAGGAACUAGUAAGGGCCAAUUAUUAAUGCAUAAGUUGACGAAUAAAGAUCGAUAAUGGCAAAAACAAUUUUUCCUGAGCAAGGCUUUCACAUCAACGAUUUAUUGUCUCCAAAUGGUGUAACUUUGGAGAUGAGUAAUGAAUUUUUUGGCAACGAUGAAGAUACGCAUGAGUUCUCUAAAAAUGUAUUCAUGUCUAAUGAUGAAAUGCUCAAAUUUUUGAAUAUGGACGAUUUCGAUAGUGACGAUGAAAGACCAGCUGUCGAUUCUCGAAUGCCAUGGGAUCUAAGUUUCGAUAAGUUACGUUCGAAGAUGACUGAUUUAGAAAGAAAUGGAUUGGUUAUGAAAUUUUUGAGGAGGGAAGGCGCGGGCAAAGUGAUGUCAGAAGAUGCGCAAGUCUCAGUAAGAUACAUUGCAUACUUUGAACACCAGGAUGAACCUUUUGAUGCAUCUUACACACGUGGACUAGCACCUGAAGUAAUUCAACUAGGCCAAAACACAGUAAUUCCGGGCUUAGAGGUUGCUCUCCGUUCAAUGAAGAAACAUGAAAUUUCUGUUUUUCUGAUUAAGCCAGAGUAUGCUUAUGGAGCUGUGGGCGUUCCUCCUCGUAUCCCUCCCAACCAAGAGGUUUUAUUUAUAGUACAUGUAAAAGAUUAUGCAGAUAAUGAAAUUGGUGAUAGUUUUCGCAAUCUAUCUGUCGAGGAGAGAAAGUUGUUUUGCAACAUCCAAAAGAAUGUGUCAAUGAUAAUAGCGACAGCUUACGAAAACUUCAAAAAAGGAAAAAUUAAGCAAACAAUAGGAGAUUAUACCAAAGCCGCACAGAUGCUUGAAGGCGCUCAUUUGGCUGACGAAAGGGAAGAGACUGAACAAAAAAAGUUGUUAACGAGGGUGUACGGGAAUUUACUAAUUUGCUUUAAUAAGGAAAAUAAGCCACGCUGUGCAUGCUCAGCAUUCAAUCAAAUACCAACACGUAAUGCAAAAUCAUAUUUUAAUUAUGGAAGAGCGCUGAUACGUUUAGGCGAAUUUGAAAGAGCAAGGGAGGAACUGUUGACUUCUAGCAACUUGGAACCGAGCAACAGAGCAACUAUAGAAGAGCAGAAAUUAGUAAAUAAACUUCUCUCUAACUACAAUAGUAUCAAGAAGCGUCUAGAAGCCAAUAGUUUUCGGUUCAGUAGGGCUGACUUUGUAAGUUCAGAAUUUAAAAACGCUGCUCAGGAAAUAUGUGCAACAUUGCAGAACGAUGUUAAUGUUUUGAGGCUCGUCUUACCCAGUGGUUUCACAGCGGCUGAAGAUAAGUGUAUUCGUGAUGUAGCUGUGAACUACGAUCUUUCAGUUGUUAAUCACGAGAGAUAUGGCCAAGAAAUUGUUUUUCUAGCUAAGCCUAAUUAUUAAUUAAGCGAAUAUGACACUAGCAUGUAUGUCUGUUAAGUCGUGUGUUAAAGAGUUACCGAAAGUUUCUGAGCUAGUUCUAUCACUGACUUUAUUAUUAGACAUUGUUGUGUGACGUCAUGCCAUGUCGAUAUAAUCCAGAGAAAUAACGUAACUAUUUAUUUUAACCCGAUGCAGUGAAAAUUCCGCUUUGAUUAUUCUUCCUCAAGUGUAGUUUUUUUGACAGUUGUAUACUAUUUUGUCGUCGAUCUGCGACUACUGGAUUUUUUGAAUACUGAAUAUUUGGGAAAAUUUGGCCAAAACUAUUCAAACUGGGUCUAGGUCGAAUUCUGGAAAUGUAUACUAGCACCUCUUGUGGAAAGCGCGCUGUCUUGGUUUGGAGGUUAUAAAAAUGGCUGUUAAUUCACAUGGAAAUGAUUGCAAACGACAGAGCGUUUUGUUUGCUAUAUCACUUCUCGCACAAAAAAAAACGUUUUACACAAAAACUGUUAAAAGUAGCCAAUUUUUCACUCCUUAUACAGAUUUUAUUCAAAACAGGAACAGACCCUAAUUAUCGAAUCAAGAUGUAAUUUUAGUAUGUGUGGAGUAAAAUGAGGCAAUUUAAUUUUGAGGUCGGGUCCUCGUUUCAGAGCUCUCAAAGAUGGAGAUCUUUAUAAUUCUUCGCGCGAUAUUGAUAUAAUAGAAUGAAUACACAGGGAAACCUAACCUCAAAUUUGACAUAUAAUUUUUUCCUUAAAUGUGAAUAGUCUCAGAUUGUCGGCAAAAUAAUAGGUUACUUUUCAAAUAACUACUGCAGUUGGGAAAAAUCAUUAAAACGGAAUUUGUACUAUUUCGCGUUAAUAUAAAUAUUUUUGUGAAAUUGCCUAUGUAAGUAAUUUUCUUCCUUAAAGCCCAAAAAGUUCCAGGAAUGUGCCUGAAACAGGGUAUGACGCCUUACUAUAAUGCCUGAUUGUUUUCGAAGUUUGAUUAUCUUGUCGAAAAUUUCGGAUUCAAAUUCUGUCCGACUUAACUUCAGCAUUUCUUCGCAAUUUUGAAAUUGAAUCUAAUCCAACUUCAAAGCAAUUUUUUCAAUACUUCUUAAUCCGUGCGCCAACUCAAAGUACACUCCGAAUUAAUGAGAGUCACAUGCUUUUCACGUGCUCUAGAGAGUCAAAUAAUAUAUUGAACGAAUUUUGUGUUAUUUGAAAAAACUAAUUUAUGCAAAAGUUAUCUAAUUUUUUUUAUAUCAGGUCCGCCGUUUUUUUUGGGACUUGUCGUUUCUUUGACCACGAAUUUCACGUAUUUGGUUUUUUAAAUCAAAUGCCUAAAAGUGAAAUGUUUUUCGUUCCUUUUUAAAAAUUAUUUUUUUUCCCUCUCAUGCGAUGUCGUCGAUCGUAUAUUUUCAUUACUCCAUAUAUAUAGAUGUUAAAUAUUAAUAUAUUGGGAUAGUUUUGACCAAUAAGUCGAUUUCUAGAGUCUGUGCAAUCACCUCCUUCGUCAAAACUAUUCCAAUGUAUGUCAAGUGUCAGUCAGAAAAAGUUCAACUCAUAUAGUAGACUAAAGAUGUUCCUUUUAAAGUUAACCCGAAAAGUUUGACACAUGUACAUUUUUUAUAAGGUAUAUUUUUAAUUUCGUAUUCCUAUAUAUUAUUAUCCUUUAUUAAAUGAAUUAAGAAAUGUA